AUAACGACAGAGCGCCGAAUCUAACAUUCCCCAAUUCAAAUUAAUUCAAAUUUCACUCUCCGCCCAAACUCACUUCGUCACUACGCUCUCUCCAACUCUUCAAUCACUUCCCGUUAUAGAUUUAGGGUUUAGCUUCCGUUUGAAUUCAAAUUCAAAUGUCAUCACGUAACCAAAAUCGACCGCCCCGAAGUCCUUCCAACAAGGAUGGCGGCGGUACUGGCGGCGGUGGGUUUGCUGGCACGCAGUUGGAUAAACGACGACGGAUUGGCGCAGGAAGAAUCGGUGCUGUCGACCGUAAACCGUUUGGUUCGGUUAAUAAACGGCAGGAUGUUGGUGGCAGUGGUGAUAUUGGUAGUACUGACGGUUCAGAGUGUGAACCGGCAGUUGAUUUUACUAAAGAAGAAAUUCAAGCUUUGGUUAGCGAGAGGACUAAAAUGAAAAAGUUUGACCAUAAGGGAAAUUUGGAAUUAGUGAGUGGAGUUAAUAGUAGGCUUAAGAGUUGUAUUAGAUGGUUUCAAAAAAGGGAUGAAGUUAAUCUUGAUAAUCAAGGGAAGCUUCAAAUUGCUCUUGAAGCUUCUGAGAAGAAAUGUGCUGAUACGGAGGUGGAGAUGAAAGAAAAGGAGGAGAAAUAUAAUGCUAUUGUUUUAGAAUUGAGGCGUGAGAAUAGUUCUUUGCAGGAGAAUUUAAAGAAGGAAGAGUCGGAGAAAUUGGAUGCAAUUGAAUGUCACAAAAGAGAGAAGGAAGCUCGUAUUUCUGUAGAGACUUUACAGGCUUCUCUCUCGAAAGAGCUUGAAAAGGCUCAACAAGAUAUAGUAGUAGCUAAUCAGAGGGCUACUUCUCUUGAUGAUAUGUACAAGCGAUUGCAAGAAUACAACCUAAGCUUGCAACAGUACAAUGGUAAAUUACAUGGUGAGCUUGAAGCUGCUCGUGAGUCUCUCAAACGGGUUGAGAAAGAGAAGUCGACUAUAUUGGAGAACCUUAGUACAUUAAGGGGCCACUAUAGCUCACUCCAAGAUCAAUUAUCUUCAUCUAGAGCUUCCCAGGAUGAGGCCUUGAAUCAGAAGGAAACAUUACUCAAUGAAGUAAAAUGCCUUCGAGGUGAACUGCAGCAAGUGAGAGAAGAUCGUGAUCGCCAACUAGCACAGGUGCAAGACUUAACUGCUGAAGUAGCGAAGUUUAAAGAAAGUUCAGGAAAAUCAGUUGCCGAGAUAGAUAAUUUGAUUGCAAAAUCAAAAUCUUUGGAGGAAACAUGCUCUGCCCAAAGAGAACAUAUACAUUUGUUAGAGCAGAAACUAACUGCUGCAAAUGAAAAGUUAAAGAUGACCAGUUUAUCUGCUUCAGAAACUAGGACAGAAUUUGAAGAACAGAGAAGAAUAGUACAAGGGCUACAAGAGCGCCUGGCAGACGCAGAACAUCAAUUAACUGAAGGAGAGAGAUUGAGGAAAAAGUUGCAUAACACUAUUUUGGAAUUAAAGGGUAAUAUUCGUGUAUUUUGUAGAGUGCGACCCUUGUUACCUGAUGAUGGUGUUGUAACAGAAGCCCCGGUAGUUUCCUAUCCUACUUCAUUAGAAAGUCUUGGUCGGGGCAUUGACUUGAUACAAAGCGGGCAGAGUUAUCCUUUCACAUUUGACAAGGUGUUUAGUCAUGAUGCUUGCCAACAAGAUGUUUUUGUUGAAAUAUCGCAGUUGGUACAAAGUGCUCUUGAUGGCUACAAGGUAUGCAUUUUUGCUUAUGGUCAGACUGGUUCAGGGAAAACUUACACAAUGAUGGGUAAGACAGAGGCUGCAGAACAGAAAGGGCUUAUACCUCGCUCCCUUGAACAGAUUUUUCAAGCUAGCCAGUCACUUUUAGCACAGGGUUGGAAGUUUAAAAUGCAGGCUUCAAUGUUGGAAAUAUACAAUGAGAACCUUCGUGAUCUAUUAUCAACAAAUAGAUCAACUGGUACAGAAAAUGCGGGGAAGCAGUAUACCAUUAAACACGAUGCCAAUGGCAAUACGACUGUCACUGACUUGACAGUUGUUGAUGUCUGUAGCAUCCAAGAGAUUUCCUCUCUUCUACGACAAGCUGCACAAAGCAGGUCUGUAGGUAAGACACAAAUGAAUGAGCAGUCAUCCAGAAGUCAUUUCGUGUUUACAUUACGAAUCUCUGGGGUGAAUGAGAAUACUGAACAACAAGUGCAAGGCGUGUUAAAUCUUAUUGACCUUGCUGGAAGUGAGCGACUCUCGAGGAGUGGAGCAACAGGUGAUAGGUUGAAAGAAACUCAGGCCAUCAAUAAAAGUUUGUCGUGCUUAAGUGAUGUAAUUUUUGCCUUGGCAAAGAAGGAAGAUCAUGUUCCCUUCAGGAACUCCAAGUUGACAUAUCUUCUCCAGCCUUGUCUAGGUGGAGAUUCAAAAACCUUGAUGUUUGUAAAUAUUUCACCGGACCCCACUUCGGUUGGCGAAUCCCUGUGUUCGCUUCGAUUUGCUGCGCGAGUCAAUGCCUGUGAGAUCGGAAUUCCUCGACGACAGACGACAGCAGUACGAUUACUUGGGGAUUCGCGAUUGAGCUGCGGCUGAAUUGUGAUAUAUUUUCUUGACACAGUUAAUUUGUUACAGAGCAACUAGCCUCGGGUUUGUAAAAUGAGAAUGAAGUGCAGUGAGAUGAAGUUGUUUGUAGAAUGAAGUUUUACUAAUCUGUAUUUGUCUGAAUUAUUUGCUUAGAUUAGGAUCUUGAUUUAACAGCUGAAUGUUCACCAAUUGGUGAACUACAGAAAAAAAAAGUAGUAGUUUUUUUAUUAGCUGUAACUUUAAUUCCGAUGGUGUGUGAGAUUUUCUUACUGCAAUCUGAAAUAAUAGUAUUGGCUGUUGAUUAUGUUUUUUA